AGAAGGAACAGACAGACUUUAGAUUUAUUUCAUUUUUUCAGGCACCAACCUAAUGGAUCUUGUUGGGCCAAUCAUCGAAUUGUUGAGUUGCCUAAUGCCUCCACUAUGCAAGCAUUUGGAACAUCAUAGAAAUCUUCAAGAAAAUAUGGAAGAACUGAGAAGGGUGUUGGGAGAUCUAAACAAUCGACUGGAAGACAUAAAUUUGAGAAAACAGAAUGUAGAGACUUGCUCGAGAAAGGUGGUGCGGAGAGAAGUGAUAAACUGGCUUGAAAAGAAGAAAAUCGAAGAAGUAAAAGAACUUAUUCUUCAACAAGGAAGCUUCCCUGAUGAUAUUGCAAUUGAUCAGCCUCCAAGCAGUGGAAUGAGAUUGCCAGCAGAGGAUGCAAGAGGUCGAACCAAUGUGAAGGAACAAAUCUGGGGGUUUUCUUUUGAGGAUGUUGGAAUCCCGAAACCAACACAGCAAAAUGGGUGCAAAGUAGUUAUUACAAGCAGAUCGAUUGAGCUGUGUAAUUAUAUUGAUUGUGAGCAAGUUAUUAGGAUGCAGCAACUUUCAAAGGAAGAAUCUUUGAACUUAUUCCUGGAUACAUUGGGACAUGAUGUUCCUAUGAAAAUUCCAAAUUUAGAAGAAACUUUGAAGCUUGUGGUGGCUGAGUGUGGAGGUUUACCUCUAGCUAUCGUUGUCAUAGCUAGGAGCAUGAGGGGAGAAAAUGAUAUAUCUGCAUGGAGAUAUGCUCUAUAUGUGCCUUCAUUAGCAAAGCUGAAGGCAUUGAAGAAGUUGGAUCUAAAUGGGACGGGGAUUGAGAACGUCCCACAAGGCCUAGAAAUGUUGGUGAAUCUCCAAUAUCUUAAUCUAGAUUGUCCAAAUCAGGUGGAGCUGCCAAUAGGAGUACUUUGUAACCUCACUCAUCUCCAGUUUCUUGCAGGCAUUUUGAAACCUACUAGUUUUGCAAUGAAAGCAGAAAAGGAUCAAAAGUUCCCUCGGUACUGGAUUAGGGUGGGAGUAACUGAUGCUACAGUGAAGGUUUUUGAUUUCCAUAUGUCAUUAUAUGAUUUUGAAAUCAGGAGGGAUUACAACAAAUUGCUCUCAGAUUUCAGAUAUUGUGACAUUGAUGGUUGUAAAGGGUUAGAGUGCAUACUUGACUUCUUCUCAUCGUCCUCACCCUGCAGCUCGUUGGAAAUUCUAGAACUCCAAAAAUUGCCUGACUUGCAAGUAAUUGUGAAAGUGGAAGUGCAACUAGCGUCAGCUCCAUCAACGUCACGGCAAGCAAUAGUGUCUUCCAUCUUUUCCAACCUUAAAAUAUUUAAAAUAUUUAAAAUAUCUUAUUGUUCAAGAAUCAAGAAGUUGUUUCCAUCUGAGCAGCUGAAGGGUCUCCAAAACAUGGAGGAGAUUGAUGUUUUCAAUUGCCCAAAAUUGGAGGAAAUAAUAGAAGUUGAAGAAGAGAAAGAAACUCCCAUAACAGUGGGAAACAACGAAACUAUCACAAUUGCUCUUCCUAAAUUAAGGAAAUUGAGAUUAACGUGUUUACCAAAAUUGAAGAGCAUCUGUACUGCAAGAGGAGUAAUAGGUUCUACAUCUCUUCAAACUCUUGAAAUAGAUUGGUGUCCUAUGCUGAAUAGGAUCCCUUUAUUUCUGUCUCUGCUUCCUAACGGUGAGCUUUCUCUGCCUCCUCCACUCCAAGAAAUCCGUAUAGAGUCAAGAGGAUGGUGGGAAUCGUUGGUGUGGGACAAUCCUUCCACUAAAGAUAUAUUCCUUCCCUUCUUGAAGCCAAACAAUGAUUCUCCUUUCCUUGAGAAAGGAUUUCAUGACCUACAAGAUUUCAACAAUUUUGUCAAGUCUUUUAAUGUUCAAAAGCUUACUUGGUAUCAACUUAGGGUGGAAGCAACUGAUGAUAAUGAUGGAGGUAACAGUGGCAGUGAUGAUGAUUCUUAUUGUAAUUCUGAUUAUGAUUCUGAUGAUGAUUGCUCUAAGAUGUGUUGUGGCAUGAAAAGCUUAAACGAAGCUUUUGUGUUUAAGGCCUUAUCAGAUUUAAGAUCAUGUCAAAUCAAGCAAUGUGACAAGUUGGAGUGCAUGCCUGAGUUGUUCUCAUCGUCGUCAGUCUACGGCCCAUUUGGUAGGCUUUCAAUUUUAAAGCUUACUAGAUUGCCUCACUUGUGUGUACUUGUGAAUGUGGAAGGGCAAGCAGCAUCAGCUCCAUCUACAUCGUGUGCACCAACACAGCCCUCCAUCUUUUGUAAUCUUAAGUUUUUGUUAAUAUCCGAUUGUCUAAGAAUCAAGAAGCUGUUUCCAUCUGAGUUGUUGAAGGCUUUCCAAAACUUGGAGAAGAUUUAUGUUAUUAGCUGUGCAAAAAUGGUGGAAAUAAUAGAAAUGGAAGAAGGAAAAGAAACUCUCAUGACAGACAGAGGAAAGGAAACUAUUACUUUCAUUCUUCCCAAAUUAGAGAGAAUGGGAUUGAUGGACUUGCCAAAUUUAAAGAGCAUUUGUAGCACAAGAGGAGUAAUGGUUUGUGAUUCUCUUCAAAAUAUUGAAAUUGGUGAAUGUCCAAAACUAAAGAGGAUCCCUCUAUAUCUACCUGUGCUUCCUAAUGGACAGCUCUCUCCACUUCCUUCGCUCAAAGAAAUCUGCAUAGAGUCUAGAGAAAGAGAAUGGUGGGAGGCGCUGGUGUGGGACAAUCCUUCCGCUAAGGUUAUCCUCCUUCCCUUCUUGGAUCUAGAAUUUGUGGAUAAAUAGGGUAGAAAAUCUGCAAAUGGCUUCAAGGCGUGUUGCAAAUGCCACUUUCCUUUAGGCUAAUUUCGCCCCCACCAGAUCUGGUAUGCAAAAGGAGUAACCCAAAAUGCUCGUAGGAUACAAUGAAGUGCCUUGUUGAUC